AUGUCAGUUAUUAAACUUUAUGAAAUAUGUUUGAUAGAUUUAUUAAAAAAUUCUUUUUUAAAUCUAAAUAAUUUCAAUCAAUUACCUAAUUCAUGUUUACGUGAUGUACUUCCCUAUUUAUCACCAUAUAAACUUGAAUAUCUAGAUUAUAUUUAUUAUAAACGAGGUAUACCAAUAAAUGACUUUUGGCGUCACCAUUUUGAAUUAAUAUGGUCUUUAUCACGAGAUGAUAAAGAUUCUUAUGAAUCAUUAAUCAAUAUUCCAUAUAAACGUCUCUAUUUUGAAUAUCUUUUUCAUGAUACACAAAUUUUACAAUUAGGUAUUUAUACACAUAUAUCACAAAUAAAUCAAUCAAAAUCAAUUUUAAAUCUUACAUAUUUCGAACAAAUGAAAUAUAAUCUAACAAGAGAUUCAAUUAUUUAUUGCUCGAAAAAACGAUUAUUAGAUGAAAAUCAAAAUCUUAUUAUUAUUUGGAAUCAUCAAUGGAAUAAAUAUAUCCAACGUUUUAUUCUUGUACCAAAUGUAUGGAAUUUAGCAAAUAUUGAUUCAUUACUAAUAGAAUGUUUUACAGAUAAUGUUACAGAUAUUGUUUUAAGUGGUUAUCCAACAGAAAAUGAUAUAAAUGGAAUGAAAUUUAUCUUAGAUAUUCUUACUCGUGGACAUAUUACAAAUAUUGUUAUUAAAUUUCCAUCUUAUUGUUUAAUGAAUAUUCUUUUACCUUUAUUUAUUUAUCCACGUUCAUAUUCUCUAUCCUAUUUCUCAACUAUGAAAGAAAAUGAUGGACAACAAUCGAAUAUUUUCACACAAAAUUUUAUUUUACCACAUCGUAAAAGAAAAUUAUGUUUACAAGUACAAAUUCAUUCGAUGGAAAAUAUUUUAUCAACUAAUCAUGAAUUUAUUGAAGAUAAUGAUCAGAAUUCAACAGAUACUAUUCUAUCAAAUUCUAUUCAUAGUUUACAUAAUUCAAAUUCAUUAAGUACAAAUAUUCCGAUACAUUCAUCUAUAUUAGGAAUAAGAAAUGAAUUAAUUCAUAUACCAUCGGACAGUUUUUUUCAAACAAAUACUGAAUCAAGUCAUUUGGUUUCAUUAACUGACAAUAAUAGAUCAAUAAUCGAACAACCACAUGAACGUCUUUUGUCUUAUUUAAAUCGAUCUCGAACAUUCCAACAAUAUUCAAUCUUUCCUCCAGCUCGACAUUUAUCAAUAUCAGAACAAUCUGUUCCAAUAACAAAUAUUACAACAGAAUCUCAUUCUUCUAGUGAUAGCAAUUUAUUUCAACGUCAUAAAAUCCCAACUGUUAUUCCUGAAAAGAAAUUUUCUGAAAGAAAAAAACAAGAUGAAGAGAAAUUUUUAAUAUUUCAUUUAACUGAACAAUAUCAAAUAAAUUCAUUAACAAAUCUUUCUAUCUAUUAUAUUUCAUCUAUUGAAAUAAUCGAUAUGCUAGCUAUUGCUUUAUUAGGUAUGAAUCAAAUUCAUCAUUUAACUUUCGUUAAUUUUGCUGUAUAUUCAUCUCAACUUGAAACAAGUUUAAUUACUUUAUGUACUCGAUCACAACUUCAAUCAAUAUAUUUAACUAGUAUUUCAUUACAACAUGGUGCAAUUGGUUUUCUUCUAAAUUUAUAUGAAAAAAAUAAAAAUAUAAAACUUAAACGUAUACGAUUAGAUGCAAUUAAAACUUAUAAUAAUAUUCAUUUAUCAGAUAUUGAACAAACUGAAUUCAUUCAAAAUUCUGUAUUAGAACAAUUUAUUUGGCGAGAACGUCAUAUGCAAUAUAUUCAUAUGCGUUUAUUAUAUAAAUUAUUACCUAAUAUUAUAUCGAACCUUCAUCGUCUCGAACUUUCUUCUAUCCUUGAAUGUGUUAUAUUUGAUCAAUUUCUAUGGUGUCAAACAUUUCUUCAUCAUAUACCUGAUGUUCGACUACGAAAUUUUCGUAUUCGUUCAAAUGAUCUUUCACGAUUUUUUCUUGCAUUAAAUACACCGAAUAUUUUAACUGUAUUUCAUUUUGAACGAAUUGGUCUUACUUGGAAUAACAACCAACAAUCAUCGAUUAUUUAUAAUGCAUUUACUUCGUUGAUUUUAAAUGCGAAAUAUCUAAAAGAACUUAGUUUAGCUUAUAAUAAUCUUAAUGAUAAUUUUAUUCAAUGGCUUUGCCAGAUAUUAUUAUUAGAAAAUAAUAAAAAAAUAUCAUGGUGGUCAAUUACAAUACUUAAUUUAACUUUUAAUUUAUUAUCAAGUGAAUCAAUACGAAAACUUUGUAAUACAUUAAAGGAAUAUAGAGAUCAAUGGAGAAUAGGAUGUUCACCUAUUCGACGAAUAGACAUAUUAGGGAAUGCGCUAGAAAUGAGAGAAAUUUCUAAUUUAAAAAAACAAUUUAACGCACUUGGUUGCGAGCUUAUCUCGUAUAUCUUGACUUGA